AUGAGGCGCAUCCCAGACCAUGACAUUUACCCUGCCUUCAAAGAGGGCAUCACCCAGUUUGAGCCCGAGACGUGCACGCAAGACUACUUUUUAAAGCAGCCAAACACCAGCAUCUACAAGGGAAAUGAUGACGUCGCACAGUUGAUGCUGGCCGAAGCCCGAGCCAACCAGAGGUUUCUCGCGCACCCUCACGUCAACCUGGGCAGCUAUCUUGGCUGUGUGGUGCGCGGCGGGCGCAUCGUCAGCCUCGCCUUUCCCAAGUACGUCGGGACCCUGGCUGAUCGCGUCCGCAAGGCCCGGCAACUUGGGCCAGCCCACUUCCCCGCGGAAGAGCGAGAACGCAGUAUGAAUAGCAUUCAGUCUGCCGUGAGGCAUCUGCACUCUCUGGGGUACGCGCAUAAUGACAUCUCCGCAUGCAACGUCAUGUUUGACAGCAGCGGUACUGCGAUGCUCAUCGAUCUGGACUCCUGCGCUCCCAUUGGGGAGAAGGUUAAAAAAGGUGGCAUUGUGGGCGGAUGGAGGGGGCCCUCCUUUUGGAAGCAGGAAUUUAAACAGUCAUCAAUCGAGUGUGACGAACUGUCGCUUCAGUAUGUGCGAAACUGGUUGAUCUGCGAGCUUUCAGACAAACCUGGCUCGGAAGAACUCUAA